UAUGUUUAUUCUUAUUUAUUUCAUAGAUAACAUUUAUUUGAUAGGGCUACAAAUUCCAGCCAACGAAAGCAUUAAAAGUUUUAAAUUUGUGUCUAAAAUCAAUCGAAAUGAAUUUAAUAACAGCCAUAAAGUUGUAUGUAGAGAAAAUGUGUAAUGAAUCAGGGCCAGGCAUGAAGACCAUACUGCUGGACAAAGAUACGACAAGCAUAAUAUCAAUGGCUUUCAGCCAAUCGGACAUGCUACAACGUGAGGUGUACUUGUUUGAGCGACUCGAUUCGGGGCGUUCCAAUGAACGCAUGAAGAACCUAAAAUGCAUCGUAUUCAUUAGACCUACAAAACAAAAUGUGCUGCUACUAGCCGAUGAACUUCGCAGCCCCAAGUACGGAUCUUAUUUUAUUUAUUUCAGUAACAUAAUUCCACGUACCGAUAUUAAAUACCUGGCUGAAUGCGAUGAAAGUGAGUCAGUACGCGAGGUGAAAGAAGUGUACGCUGACUAUCUUUGCGUUAAUCCGAAUUUGUUUUCGCUCAAUAUAAAUUGCAGCAUUAAUCGACUCAAUUGGUUACCUGAGGCACUCGGUCGCACUGUACAGGGCGUAUUGGCUGUACUAUUAUCGCUGAAGCUUAAUCCGGUCAUACGUUAUCGUGCCGGUUCGGCAAUGGCGCAAACAUUGGCAAAACAAAUAUAUGAGCAAAUUUGCAAAGAAUCGAGCCUUUUUGAUUUUUCACGCACACACGAGAAUGGUGCUGCGCCACCGUUACUGCUUAUAUUAGAUCGUCGUGACGAUCCUGUCUCGCCAUUGUUGCAUCAAUGGACUUACCAAGCAAUGGUUCAUGAACUGCUGGGCAUACAUAACAAUCGCGUCGAUCUAUCCAACAUAAACGGCAUACCGAAGGAUUAUAAGGAAUUGGUGUUGUCUGGUGAUCAGGACGAGUUCUACGGUAAAAAUAUGUAUGCAAAUUUCGGUGAAAUCGGUUCGACAAUAAAAAAUCUAAUGGAGGAGUUUCAGCGUAAAGCCAAGGAUCAAAGGAAGGUGGAAAGUAUAGCUGAUAUGAAGAAUUUCAUUGAAACCUAUCCACAGUUCAAAAAAAUGUCCGGCACAGUACAAAAACAUCUUUGCAUAAUGGGUGAAUUAUCGGCACUCACGUCGAAACGAAAUCUUUUCGAGGUAUCCGAGCUGGAACAGGAAGUAGCCUGUAAAGCCGAACACUCGGCACAGCUACAACGCAUACGAAAAAUUAUAGCCGAUGAACGCAUUUCAGUGGAUGAUGCCAUCAAAUUGGUGGCACUCUAUGCGCUACGAUAUGAACGUCACGCAAAUUGUGAUACUUCCAGUCUGUUGCAAAUCAUUAAAACGCGUGGCGGCCGCACAGCAAUUGUGCCCAGUUUAAUUGAAUAUGCGGGUACGCAUAUGCGGCAGGGAGAGAUUUUCAAUUUAGUACGCAUUUCCGAUGCAGUUAAGCUGACGCGUAAUUUAAUUAAGGGCUUAAAAGGCGUGGAGAAUGUUUUCACACAGCACUCGCCGCUGAUCAAAGAAACAUUAGAGGAGGUUUUUAAGGGUCGUGAACUAGAUCCAAUGUAUCCGGCGAUUAACUCUGAACUUGUGCCAUUCCGUCGCCCACCGCAAGAGGUGGUCGUGUUUAUGGUUGGUGGCGCUACGUAUGAAGAGGCACUAGCGGUGCAUCAGCUUAAUAAUGUGGGCUACAAAGUAAUACUGGGCGGCACUACUAUUCACAAUUCUGAAAGUUUCAUUAAUGAAGUGUUGAACGCCACUGAGGGCAUACAAUUCAAACAUACCAAAACAAUGUUAAAAUACAUUUCCAGUGACAAUUAUUAGAUUAUGCAGUAAUGAUCACAAGUGGACGUAUUGCAUUAUGUUUGCCUAUAUAUUCUUGUAUAUACAGAUAUUUUUAACAUAGAAAUCUUCGCAUAUACCAUAUUAGGAUUUACGACAAAACAACCUGUUAUGCACUAAUUUGCUGAUUUCCAGUGCUAUACUUAAUGGAUUUUAAUCAUUCAUAGCUGCACCUCAGGAAUUCAUUUUAAUCGAAAUUUAAAAUUUCCUUGCGAAAGAUUCAUUGUUCCAAUAGCAAAACCUGCUAAACUGAGAAGAUGGGUUGUUUUGUCGAAAAACUACAAAUACCCACAUAUAUAUUUAUUAUAUUCUUCGUAUUUACAUAUAAAUUUUGUUAAUUAAGUAUAUAUGUAUUUUAUUUAUUAUACCACCAUCGGUAUAUUGCAGUGCCGCUGCAGUACUUUAAGAAAUAAUACACAACACCACGUAUUUAAUUCAUAAAAAACAUUGCUCACCCACUUCAAAUAUUCUCCUAGUUUACUAUUUGUAGAUCAUUCCAUAAUAAAACACUGCUUUAGGUUGCAUACAUAUAUAUAAUCGCCUUUAUUGAGUUUAUUUGAGGUUUGCAAUUGUUUCCAUUUUGUCUAAACUAACUUCCUGUAACAAAAAUAAGUGUAUCUUUUUAUUUUUAACUUAUGUACCGUAGUCGAGUAACAACAAAUGUAAAUUUGUCAAAGAAAAAUGUAUUGUUCCGAUAUUUAAAUAAAUUAAUGAAAUAAUAAAAUA